AUGUGGGACUUAAUACCUUGUAUUAUGUUGUCAUGUCAAUGUGCAAGUGCAGCGCUUUCCCUCGUAAGCCUGAAAAACGAGAAAAUUGCGGAGUGCGUUGGUUUCUCCGAUAAUCUCAUUGAGUUGCCCUACAACGGCGAAUGGACGAUUUCCAGUAUUGUGAAACACAUGGAUAGUGCGACCGACUGUGCUCUCCCGAUGUUAUGGGCAAAGGAAAAGGAGAAGAAAUCUGAAGUCUUCGUGGUUUACACAGACAAUGAGACUUGGUUUGGUGAUGCGAGCUUUUACAGUUCUAACGCAUUUAAAAUGUAUCGCCACACUGCAGGGACGUUGAGUCUUGGAGUGUUGUCACAUGUUGUUCAGUACUAUCCGCGUUCUCGAUAA